AUGUUAGCCAUUAAUCAAACAACACCUCAAUCAGAAUGGAAAAUGUUUGUUCCUUCAGAAGUUGACCCAUCAAUUCAAAAAUUGUCUGUUCCUGAAAAAUUAAAUCAAUACAGUUAUCCCGAUUCAGACAAUAAUUCUCUCUUGGAUAAAAAAUUGAAAUCUGGAUUUGCUCUAAAGAGUAAUCAAAAGUUGAAAGGUG